AUGAACUUACAACUUCAUUCCAAUGACAGAGAAGCAAAAAGGGUCCCUUAUCUUCGACAUCUGUCUUAUCUCCUUCUCAUCGCGGUCGGCGAUUCCCUUCCCUGGAGGUGGGUGGAUGGUGUCACAAUCCUUCGGGGCGAGAAAGUCAUCAAAGGGCUGACGAAGAGCAAGCUGGCCGCGACAACGAUGAACCCCCACUACCACCCCUACUCGGAGCUGCCCUCCCCACAUUCGCCACCACCGGACGCCGGAGGGUACGCCAACGGGCACCACGUCGAGCACCACUUCCCCCACCACCACCAUCACCACCACGGCAACAACGGUGGUGUCAAAGUCUGCGCAGGAUGCGGCGGUAAAAUCGUUGAACGAUACUUACUCCACGCACUGGACCGUUACUGGCACAACUCCUGCCUCAAGUGCACAUGCUGCGGGGCGAUGCUGGCCGACAUCGGGUCCUCUUGCUUUACCAAAUCCAAUAUGAUACUCUGCAAAAACGAUUACAUAAGGUGA